GAGGCGCUACCUACACCAGCAGCUAUUGCGGGCCCCAAAAUCACAUACCCUGAGGGCUUUAGCUAUACUAAAGUCGACUGUUAGCUCACGAUGGUCCAGGGUAUGCAAAACUUCAUCCCACCUGCGAACCGUCAGCGCGCCAAAGGUUACAUUCAGCAGCAUGGGAGUAAUGCUGCGAUGCUGAAGUUAAUGGGUUCGGUAGCUUUGUUCGAGAGCGAGCAGGUAGCUCGUGGACAAAAUCGUGAGCUGGCUGACAGUUGCAAGCGGUUGACCUUAGACAAAGCGAGCUUGGAGGACGAGGUGAACCCUUUGCAAAGCUCGGAGAUGGCUAAUAGGGUUGCAUCAACUGAGAGCCGGGCUGAUGAGUUGGCCAACAAAGUUAACCAGCUGCAGGAGGAGCUGGAUAGGGUUAAGGCCGAAAAAGAGAGUGGGAUCCAGGCGGCCAUGGAUGAGUCGUUCGGCGCGGAGUGGCUGGUGGGUGUUGACAUGUUCAAGGAUGCCGUGGCUGUGGCUUCCAUGAACACCACGACGAAGAUUUAUAACAACGUUUGUGGUAAAGUGUUGAAGCACCGACCUGACUUCCCGAUCAACGAGCUAGCGUUUUUCGAAGGUGAAGAGUUUGAUGAGGAAGGGAAGAGCCUUGCUGACCCUGUUGAUACGACAGUGCGACUCCGUUGGGAGCUAAACGAAGAAAGAGUGCCUAUAUGGCCUCCGUCUGUUUUAGAAGAAGGAAAGGAGUUUGAGAACCUGCCUAGGUUCGACUCCUGGGUGGGUGACGCUCCUUUAGAAGAAGCUGAACCCUCAAGCACUCCCUCCGCGCCUCAGCUCGCCUCCACUAUUGCCAUCCCCUCUCCAGCUCGUGCUGACGCAUCCAUACCUGUUGAUUUAACGGAUGAUUAGGAUUAGAUUUUUUACAUGUUUCUUCUGCUUUUGUAGUUUUAGUAUUUCCUUGUUUAAGACAUAUUUUGUACUUAUGUUGACACCUCAUGUAAUUGAUUUACAAGGAAUACAAUCCAAAUGAUUUU